AUGCCGAAGCGGACGACGCACACGUACUCGAGCGAGGACGCACUGCCGGAGGGCCCCGAGUCCGACCUCUUCGUCUACUACUGCAAGCACUGCGCCUCACACGUCCUCAUCACCGAUACCCAAUUGCAGAAAAUGCCCAAGCGAAAGACUGACAGAGCACAUGUUUUAGACAAGGCUAAGCAUCUUUCAAGGCUAAAUGUGAAGGAGUCAGGAAAAGUAAUGUUGAAACGUGGUGAAGGAAAGCUUGAAAAGCAGUUCCGCAUGAGCUGUGUGGGAUGUGACCUUUUUGUCUGUUACCGAUCAGAAGAGGAUCUGGAGGUUGCCCCUUUCAUAUAUGUUGUUGAUGGAGCACUGAGUUCAGUUGCAGCUGAGACAAAUCCACAUGAUGCUCCUGUACCUCCUUGCAUCACACAACUGGAAGGUGGACUUGUCCAAGUAGCCAUUGAAGUGGAAGACCGGGCACAACGUUCAGCAAUAACAAGAGUGAACGCUGAUGACGUUCGAGUAACAGUAGCUGCCCCUGCUGCUCGAGGGGAAGCUAACAGUGAGUUGCUAGAAUUUAUGGGCAAGGUUCUUGGCCUAAGAUUGACUCAGAUGACCCUUCAAAGAGGAUGGAAUAACAAAUCGAAGCUUCUGAUUGUUGAGGAUUUGUUGGCACGCCAAGUGUAUGAGAAGCUCCUAGAAGCUGUACAACCUUAG